CGUGGUCUCCUGGGGAGCGCGGUGAUAUUAUGGGAUGUUAGACCUGGAGGAAUGGCGCUGGGCGCGUGAUUUUGAACAAACACGAUCGGUCUCCCGGUGACGAGCGCUGUGUGUCUGGUAACCGGGGCCGCCAGCGCCGCCUCAGGCCCCAGGCGGCCGCGAUCCUUCUCCAUGCCGCCCGCUUCCAGCUCCGAGCGGCCCGGAACCCGCAGCCGGAUCUUGAGGAUAUUGCUGCUGAUCGCUGCCUGAUGACUUGCAAACCAAGGUACUUUAAUUUGCAGAAUUUUCCACGAGGGCUCGGUGAAACUAAAUGGUCCAAUUCUUUGGAGCAUUCCAUAGUAACAAGGCCAGACUGAUUCUUCACAACACCAGGGCAGGUAGGACCUCGAUCCCGUUAAUUGUUAAAUACAGAAGAAUGUCCACGCCAAGACAAGAUAACUAUCAUCAUCUAACAACAGAAGAUGUUGAGUCAAAAAUCUGAAGCAGAUUACCCAGUCCUUGCAGAGUAUCUGCAUUAUUAAGAUGGAAGUGGAGUCAGCUGAGGUGAACACGCUGCUACCUGAGGAGAUAAUGGACUCAGUCAUCGUCGACGAUGAUAGUAUUGAGGCUGUCACAAUAACUUCAGAGCAUGGUGAUCCAGUUCCCAUGGAAACUGAGCUCGAGGAAAUUAUAGAUCCACAUCAAGGCAAGGACUCAGAGAUUCUGUCGAGCAUUACAGACCAGGUCACCGUGUUGACCAAUAGUACUACACCGUUUGUUUUAAGUGACCCAAGUAUAAAGAUGGAAAUUAAUACUUCUGAUAGUACAUCAAAGGCUACUGGUAAAAUCAGCCACCCAAGCACAACUGCUGGAACACCUAUAUCUUUAGCAGCAAAUCAGAUUGUCCUUAACCCAGUAUCCGAACACUCUGAUUACACCAUCUCCAACCAAGCUAUGAAAUCAGAACCAGUAGGGCAGCAGCUGGUAGUGACUACCCUUGGAAAGUCCCGACAGUCCAUCGUACUUUCGCUGCCACCAAGUCAAGGAGGUCACCUUCAAGUCUCAUCUCAAUUACCAGCAAUGGACCCACAGGGGCAGAAACAAAUAAAAGUAGUUACUCUGGGUGGAAGAGUUGAGGGAAAGACACUAACUGGAGUAUCAAAUAUGUUGGCUUCUGGAAAUCCUUCUCUAAAUGCUUCUGCUCAGCCUACACAAAAUCAGAUUGCCAAGAAAUGCGCAUCCACUUCUGCUGCAGGACCAAUGAUCACAAAAUUCAUCAUUGCCAAACCUGUUCAUAACAAGAACAUUAUAACAGGUAGAGUUCUUCCUCAGAAUGCGCUUGGGACUGCCCCAAACACACUCACUAUUUCUGAAGGCAGUGCUAUUGGGUCCAAUUUCAACUCUGCGGCACAACAGACAGCCAACAAGAUUGCAAUCUCUCCUCUGAAGUCUCCAAAUAAGACAGUGAAGCCAGCUACCCAAGGACUAACAAUGGGAACAGUGAAUACUACCCAGUUCAAAACCAUCAUUCCUCUGGCAACACCACCCAACGUUCAGCAGAUACAAGUACCAGGGAGCAAGUUUCAUUAUGUACGGCUAGUUACUGCAACGACAGCCAGUGGCACCCAUCAUACGGUCAGCUCUAGCUCCAGUGCCAACACACAACCUUUAGCACAAGCUAAGGCAGUUGUGCUGAAUCCACAAGUUCGUAUGUCUGUCCCAAUUGCACCAGCACAGGGCAUUAAAAAUGUGGUUCCCAAACCCAUUGGCAGCACGACACAAAUAGUUACUGCCAGCCAACCCCAACAGAGACUCAUUAUGCCUGCAACUGCGCUGCCACAGAUCCAACCUAACUUAACGAAUCUCCCACCAGGCACUGUUCUGGCACCAGCUCCUGGAACUGGCAGCAUGGGCUAUGCGGUUGUCCCAGCUCAAUAUGUUACACAGUUGCAGCAAACCUCCUAUGUAUCAAUAUCCAGUAACAAUGGGUUUUCUGGAACAUCCAACAUUCAAACUCAAGCAAAGCUCCCUAUCAAUGGGUCAUCGACAUCAGAGUCAGGAACACGACCUAGGAAACCUUGUAAUUGUACAAAGUCUCAGUGCCUCAAGCUAUACUGUGAUUGUUUUGCAAAUGGAGAAUUUUGCAAUAACUGCAAUUGUACUAACUGCUUCAACAAUCUGGAACAUGAAGCUGAGCGGCUAAAAGCAAUAAAGGCAUGUCUUGACAGAAAUCCUGAAGCAUUUAAACCUAAGAUUGGGAAAGGAAAAGAAGGUGAAUCCGAUAGACGGCACAGCAAAGGAUGUAACUGUAAAAGAUCGGGGUGUCUGAAAAAUUACUGUGAAUGCUAUGAGGCAAAGAUCAUGUGUUCAUCAAUAUGUAAAUGUAUUGGCUGCAAAAACUUUGAGGAAAGCCCUGAGCGGAAGACCCUAAUGCAUUUGGCGGAUGCUGCAGAAGUGCGCGUCCAGCAACAGACGGCUGCAAAAACAAAGCUUUCAUCACAAAUAUCUGACCUACUGACCAGAACAAUGCCAGCAGUUACAAGUGGAGGGGGAAAGUUGCCAUUCACAUUUGUGACAAAAGAAGUGGCAGAAGCAACUUGUGAAUGUCUUUUGGCACAAGCUGAGGAAGCAGAGAAGAAUAGCCAGACAAAAGCAGUCACAGAACGCAUGAUCCUGGAAGAAUUUGGGCGCUGUUUAAUGCAGAUUAUAAACUCGGCAGGAAAAGCCAAAGGAGAUGCUUGUGCUCUGAGUUGCUGAUCCACUAAUUGCUGUCCUGUGGAAACUGAACAGGAAAAAUGAGUUGGGAAAACUCAGCUGAUGGCUUUUCCUGACAUUAAAACUGAAGUGUUUUGGGCUUGCCAUGAUAUUUUUCAACUUUAUGGCUAGCGAACUUUCAAUAAGUCAGCUUGUUCCUUUUUGGCAGACUUUGUGUGCAUUGUCUAACUGAGGUGCCUUUUUUAAACUUAUUGCUUAGAAUACAGAUUAAGUAGAUUUUAUGAUGUAAAAAUCAGUGUGUGAAUAUGCAAAACUGUUGUGAAGAAGACACUGUUUUCAUGCUAGUGGUGACAUUUUAUAUACUUUCCAUCCCUCUAUGCAAGGUUGCUUUCUCUUUGUUGACCACCUUUUCCCCAGGAUGUUAUUCCCACUUUGGGCAUUCUGACCCCUCAGUGAAAAGUUUCUGUUAGUUUGUGGUAUGUUCUGUCUCUGGAUUUGAGAGUGGAAAAUCUGAGUACUCUACCUACAAUUAAAGAUACCCUCAGAAAUUGCUUGACAAGAGCAUUUUGACGGUCAAGUUUUUGAUAAUGACAAUUAAAAAUGUAAAAGAACCUGAGGAUGGAAAUAAGAUUGUGUGGCCGAAAAGCUUUUGCAUUACAUAUAUUUUUGACGUUAAUGUAAGUGUGUGUGUGUGUGUGUGUGUCUCCUAAUGAGAUGCAUCAUCAAUAAUUAAGUCACUUGGUCCACAGCACUUUGAAAAUCUGUAACUUACUGUGUGCUCAUAAUGAAUGGACUGCAGUGGUGCUUUAUCACACUUUGAUCAACUGAAGGCUUGCCCUAUAUCAGACAUUGCAGAAUUCACGUAUGUAGGUAUAAUUGGUUAACAUUGAUUUUCACCAUCACCAUUUUGUAGACUUCUGAAUGAAACUGCCAUUUAAGAUCCCAUACUGGUACUGUGGAGUAGGUUGUCUGUAUAUAUGUGUCUCCUUUGCUCACCAACCCCCCACCCCCCAACUCAGCAGCACCUCACUUUUUUUUUUCUACUAUGGCCAAUAGUGCGAUAGGGAGCCGCCACACCAAGGCACAGGCAUUUGCCUGUCAAAGGGGAGAACAGUAAAGAGUUGUCCCUGAAUUUAUACAAAUAAUAUUGGCAGAGGCCCAGAAACAAAUUCUCCAUUAUGAACAGAGGUCAGGAAAAGGGGAGAAAAUGCUAGAACAGUCAUCUUUUAUCUCUACAAAAAAGUCUUGAGAGAAACAAUCUUGUCACACAAGGGUCACCUAACAUUGUCGGGGGGGGGUACUUUUUAGGCUAAAUUUUUUUUAUGUAAAAGCAUAUUUGCACGUCCUUUUUCUAAAGUGUGCUCUGUUGAAUAAAGUUGCUGUAACCAUUUCAAUGAUUAAUGAAUGGAGAUAGGAGCCUGAAAGUGAGUAUUUCUCUUUAAACAUGUCAGAAUAUCCAUUUACAAUGACGGUGCAAUAUGCAAAAAUUCAAGGCACACUUUUUUAAUCUUAAAACUAUAUUUUGAAAAAUAGGCAAAACUGAUCAUUUCCCUUGUUUUAAUUUGACAUUUUUUUAAAAAAGUUUUCUAAAGAAUUACUACAUAAUUCCGCUGUAGAAAGACCUGAAACUGGUUUGCCUGUUUUGAAUCAAAUUAGUAGUCAACUUCAUGAAAUUUGGUACCAGCAGUGUACAGUGUCCUAAUCUUCACAAAAUCUUUGGUAAUUACUGCUAUUUUCAUAUAACUUGAGGAAUAGCCUGUUAACAUACAGAACGACAAGGAUGUUUUUAAAAGGUAUUUUUACAGAAUGUUAGAACAGGGUAUUUCAUGCUAAUUACAGUCUAUACCUGCCUUAGAUUAAUUAUUCCGAGUAAUGGUGUAUAAAAUGUAUAUUAAUGGAUAAGUGGUUUCUCAAGCUUGUACUUUAUCAGGUUUCAAGAGGGAAGAAAGUUUUUUUUUGUCUUUCUCCACUGUACAAGAAAUGGAAAUGCUAUACAAAUUUGUAUAUAUUCUGUUUAUUUAGUUUCUGCAGCUGUAUUAUGUAUAUUUAAAUAUUGUACACAAAUACUUCUGGUUAUCUGAAUGGAAUUCAGAUUACGUGUGUAGAUUGUGAAAAUAGUGUGGAUAUUGCUGUGGGUGUUUUACUGGUUUUAAUUUGAAGGUGCCGUUUCCAUAUCUUUUUGGUGUCUUCUGUACUUCUUUUUAUGUAACAAAAAAAAUUUCUUCACGCUAAUCAAAUACAAUGCCAGAAGCGCUUUGUAACAACCCAAACAUUAAAUUAAUUAAUUGCCUUCUAAGUCACCUUUGAAAGCAGAAGUAUACUUUAUUUAUGUUAAAUCCUUUUGUUCAGACUUGUGUUUCAUGCAAACUGGGAAGCUUAUGAAAGAUGUAAAACGUAAGAUCAUACUGUUUGUAUUUUUGUAUUAGUGAUUUAAAUAUCCUGUGACAACAUAAACUGACAGCCAGAUAAAUGGGCAUCAAUCCUUGAAUGAAUAAUUUGAGUAAGCACUCCAGAAAACAACCAUCACAUUUGGCUUUUUCAAACAAGUACUUCAAGAUAUACAUUUUCAAGUUAAAAUGUAAAGCAAUAUUUGUUCUCUAUAACUUUCUCAAAUGUAUUUGUGCUAUAACUUCUCACUGCUUGAGGAGAUUAGACAUGACAAUGCAUGAUUCUCAGUACAGUUUAUUGACUACUGUCAUUUUCCCAGCUAGACAGGUUCAAGAAAUGAAGUAGUCUGUUAACCCCUCAUUUCAGGAAUUACUUCUGAAGUACAUUGUAACAGCUUGUUAUGAUGGUAAAGGGUCUGUCUUAAAGUAUUUGAUUGGGUAUUGAUUUUGAGAUCCAAUUAAGAAUGAGUGCUUAAAUAACAACACCAAGACAAUUAAUAUUUUAAAAAUUAACUUUUAAAGUAUAUAUGCUAAAACACCAGCCUGUAACCUUUUAAUGGAAGAAACUUCUUCUAAAGUCUAGACGUGUUUCUUUUUGCAGUGGGUGGAAUGGUUCAACACACUGGCAUAUGUAGUCUGUGGUACAAUCAACUGGUGGGUAUGCAUUCUUCAUUCUCUGAUCUAAGUUUCAAUUUCCCAGCUGUACUACUGGCCCCACAGAACGUCCUCUACCUGCACCUGGGUAAUUCCUACCAACUGACAUGAUCCAAGGGAAUUAAAAUUGUCAUAAUUUCCCAAAAGAAAGAUUGACCAAGAUGUUUCCUGGUUUAACCUUUUUACUUUGUCUUUGAAUUUUCUGUCAUUCUUUUGACCUGUGCACAUUCCUUUCUGGCCAAAGGAACAGUCAAACAACUUGAUGUACAUGAGAAGUGAGGUUUUGACAGUUUUCUUUUACAGCUGUCAUUCAGCUUUCUGUGAAUUAUAAAGUAACUGAGAUUUGACUUUUAUUCUACCCUCUCUGAAGCAGUUUGUUAAACUUGUCUACUAUUUAGCUUCACUGACAGUCAUUUCUGGGCCUCUUUUUCAAAAAGAAAAUCCAAAAUAAGGCACUGUGUACAAGAUACAGAUUUGUGCUUCAGCCUUCAGUAUUGUCAUAAAACACAAAGCACCACUCCCUUCCUGCCUAUCCCCUGAUGAGAAGAGGAGCAGCAAGUUCUUGAAUGCCUCACCACAACAGCUAAUUCAGAAGGGCAUUGGCAAAGACUUAGGAAGUGGUUAACCAUGACUGGUGCAUGGGGCACGAGCAUGUGGUGGAAGGAUAUUGUUCCUUUUAUAGUAAACACUGCUUCAAAAGUCAUGCAAAUAUUGCUAGUUGAAGAACUCCAAACAUUGGGGGAAAAACUCUUACUUUUGUGGUCCUGUUGUGAAUUUCAUUGCUAAUAGAUCAGAAAUUGAAACCAUUUUCCUCAUUCUACACAUUAUAACUAUGCCUUGUCUCCUUUUAGUGACUAUUGACGUUUUAGGUACACCAGACUAUAAAUCACGUUAGCAAAAAUUAUUCCGUAAUGAUUUUUGUUUUUUUUAGUAUUGAUUGGAUUUGCUUACUGUCCUAACAAAUCUCAUUAAAUCAUGACCGCGUUACUAGUUGCACUGCUAGGGAGGGGUAUCAAAAGACUGGUGUGUGAAGUAUUUCAAUAGGAUAAAUUUUAUGGAGGAGGUGUUAUGUUGCACAACUUUCUGAUAUCAUUAAAAGAUGGAAGAACAUUUAAUCUAUCUUAAUGUUUCAUUUUAAAGGUUAUCUGGUCACUUCUAUGUUGCUUCCACAGGACAGCACUGUAAAAGUGACUAUAUUUCUAUGACACUAGGUCACAGUCUGACUGUGGAGCAACAAAUAAUUUUCAAUUGCUCUACAUUGGGGUUAUCUCCCACUGCUUGAACUUGACGACACUGUUUUGGUACUGAUGCCAAGCUGUUUGUCCUCCUCUGAACUUUAAGGAAAACUAAGUUCACUUCAUUAUGUUCUGAGAAACUGGAUGUUCUAAUUUCUGUUCUAUAAUAUUUGAAAUUUACUGUUUUUGGGGUGAAAUUUUGCAUUUGUUAAGUACACUUGGUGUGCUUAUGACGGUAUGAGUUUGCAGUGCUCUGGUGCUGCUAACCGUAAAAAAAAAUGUGCUUCAGAUUAAUAACAGCAAAACAAAAUGUAGACCAUUACAUUUUCAUUUGUGUUGCUUUCCCAAUGCUGCUUUUGUGGAUUAACAAACCUUUUUAUAUAAAAUGUAGUAUACUGAAACUGAUAUAUUUAAUUGCAGCUGCAGUUUUGAAAGAUUUCUGACUGUUGCAUUGCUUGAUAAUCUGAAUGUCAAAUUUGUUCAGCACAAAUUUCUGUGGAGAAUAAAUCCAUUGUAACCACCCAACCACAGGAUUUCUAAUUCUUCAUCCUCCAAUGUUCAUUAUUCCUCACACUUAAAGGGAAUCAUCACCAUGUUAACCGUCACACAAAUACUGACCACUUUCAAGGGAUCUGCAACAUUUUUGAUUUUUGCUUUUCUUGAAGUUGGUAACUUUUGGAGAGAAAUCAAGAUUGGAUCAAUCUGAUUAAUAUCACAUCAUUUAACCAUAAUGGCAUGUGCUUUUAAAGCAACAACCACACAAUUAGUAUGCUAUUAAUAGGAUUUCAGUAUCUCAGCCGAAAAAAUGUACUAUGAAUCAAAAUGUGUUGCUGGUGCUAUGCACCUGUUGGAAGGUUCAUUGGGUGAAUAGGUACUUGAUGAUUUUUCACUUUCUGAAGCUUUGUGUUAAUUUCAAUUGUAUCUGUUUAUUAGAAACUGAUUUUUGUAAUGUACUUAUGCCAAUUUUAUAUUAAAAAAUUGCUGCAUUUAUAAUAAAAAUGUGUA